AUGAAAGCAUUUGAUUUGAGUCAUCUAGCUUUAAAGCUAGGUUCCGUCCCAUUACCUGGGUUAUCUGGUAUGAAUUCUGUGCCUGGCGAGAGUGACAUGCUUAGUUAUGGUAGUGUGUCGGAUAUUUUUGUUAAAUCUGAACUGUCUUUAAAUGGUAAUGUGCAUCCAAAGAAUUUGGGUAGUAAGUCUUCUGCGUCGUUGAAACGCAUGUCCUUCCCUGAUAAAUCUGUAGUGCAACGUGCUGUAGGAGCUACAAGUAUCCCUGGGCCUCUUAGAGCGCUUGCUGAGGUGUUGCUUCCAGAAUCAUCUCUUCUAGCGGAAUCUGCGCUUUUAACAUCUAUUCCUGAAGAUUUAUAUAAGCGUGUUGGUACCACUAUAGAAGAAUCAUCGCAAUUGUCUAAUUCAGGUUCGUUUCAUCUAAAGGCGGAAUCUGAUGUUGACGUGGAUCCUGAUGUUGUUGAGGAUGGUAGUUCAGCAGCACGUGGUCGAUCCUUUUCUCCUAUGCGUACUCGUGGUUCUGCACGUAAUGGUAAACAUGCACGUCGUGUGGAUGCUAAGGUUGGUCGUCCGUCUGCUAUUCCUGAGCAAUUGCCUCUUCCGGUGACAACAGUGGAGAAUUGGGCCCAAUGUGAGAGUUGCAAGAAAUGGCGCCGUUUACCAGUUUCUGUUGAUACCGAUAAGUUACCUGAUUUAUGGGUUUGUUCAUUGAAUAUUUGGGACCCAUCUCGUAAUUCUUGUGAUGUUCCUGAGGAGACGUUUCCCGAGAUGAGUCAUAUAAACGACCCUCAGAAGUCGGUGUCAUCUGGUGUGACUACUGAGAAUUUGAAUGUUCUUAUUCGUCCUGUAACAGCUCCGUCUACAGGUCGUGGUCAUAGUGGUCGUUUUACCGACCAUGAGGUGCUUGAGAUGUUAUUUUCAGGUAACCGUGAGCAUCCUCUUCAUAACCGUUUGACUAUCCAUUCUCUUGAUAAGAACAGUUUAUUGGCAUCUGAGUUGCCUCAUGACGUUCUUGUUGUUGAGGAUAUGCCUCCGGCAUCUGUCAUGGGUUUGGAGAGUUCUGUAACUCAUGAUCCUAAGGAUUUGAUUCGUCCUGAUGAGGAGUUAUUGAAGGAGGACGGUGUGGCUCGUGAUGAUGGUAUUUUAUCGAUAGGUUUUGCUAAUAAGACUCGUUGGUCAUUUCAUGAUAACGAUGCUUCUACCAUUGAUUCUGUGGAAGAGUCUGACAUGUGUUCUAAAGCUAGUGCUUCAUGCUUAUCAGCUAUGUUUCCUCGUUUAGCACUUCAGGUUCCUCGAUCAUCUAAGCUUUUGUCACCUCGUACAAAGCGUGGUGGUCGUUUUGUUCGUCGUUUUGGUGCUAGUGGUGACUCUGACGUUCGUGCGGGUCGUUUGCGUGGUUCUGACGUUGCUUCUGAACCUAGUGCUGCGUUAUCGGCUAUGAACCAUGAGGAUCUUAUCGGUAUAUUUUCAGCUUAUGUUGAUCGUACUGGUAAGAAGGAUGUGCGUCAAGGUGUUAAGCAUUGUUUGAUAGAGGGUAAGAUCCGUUCAAGUGGUUUACCAGUUGAUUCUUUUCUUCAGCCUCUUUCUAUAUUGGCCAUGCCGUUGUCGUACCCUGUAUCUAAGUCUACAUCAAAAUCUAGCCCUAUAGUACGUCCAGGUCGUUCAUGUUCUAAGUCUGUCUCAAAGGUUGGGCGUCCUGCUGGUUCCGGUAGGUCUUUAUUGGAUGUUGUUGAGUUGAAAUCGGAUUCCAAGCGUAAAUCUGUGGGUCGUCCUGUUAAGGGUGUGUCCGGUGGUAGUGACCGUCACAUUCGUCGUUUGCGUGAGGAGUACGUUCGUAGUAGUGAUGUGCGCGUUAUAGAAAAGCGGUUGGGUAUAUCGAAUGGUGAUAUUGACUAUUCUUAUCGUGAUUCUAAGCGUCCAUCUAAGCGUGGUAUUGUUCGUAGUAGUUUGUCGUUAAGUGAGCCUGUGGUGGUUUCAGAUGUACCAUCUGGUUCCUUAGACAAGUUGCUAAUGAUGGAGCUUUCUACUCCUAUUGACUACCCUCCUAGUUCUGGUUCUAACGAUCGUUCUGUGCGUUCUCCCUUUGGUCUAGGCAUGGGUCGUGCUAUGGAGAUGUUAACUCAGCCUAUAGACAUGGUAUCUUUAUCUCAACCAUCUACUGUUAAGAUGGGUCGUUCAGGUCGUGGUCAACCUGGUUGUCCUGUGGCUGUUUCAUCAUCAUCUUCUUCUAUGGCUUUGGAUCAUUUUUCUAAGCCUCUGUUUUAG